UAGGCCAUGGUGGUCAUAUUACACCAUACAAUAUAAAAGAUUACAAAUGGAAGUACAAAGUAGUGGCCAUCGCAUCCAUCAAUGCCAUUUUCUCCGAGAGGAAUUUGCAUAGCGCUUUGAAAAAACAAAGCCCCAUCAUGUUCAAGUGCCUCCUGAGUCGGAAUAAUUGUGCAAGGAUUUUUCUCUUCUCACCACUAUCUUCCUCUCCGAUUCAUUCACCUUCUCCUAAAGCCUUUUCCGUUGCCAAGUCCGGAAAGAUUCAGUCAUUGACCCUGAAAAAGAAGAGGAGAUUGGAUGAGGUAUGUGUCGAAAGAUACCAGCAAUUCAGCCGAACAAUGAUACAGUCCUGGAUAUUACAAGGUAAAGUAUUGGUAGAUGGCAAAGUAAUCAGUAAAGCUGGAACACCCGUCGCCGAUAAAGCUAAAGUUGAGAUAAUUGCUGAAGUUCCCAAAUAUGUAUGUAGAGCAGGAUUGAAGUUGGAAGCUGCUAUUGAACAGUUGGAUGUUGAUGUUGAUGGAAAAGUUGCUCUUGAUGCUGGGCUAUCCACUGGAGGAUUUACUGACUGUUUGCUUCAGCAUGGGGCUUCAUUUGUCUAUGGAGUUGAUGUUGGUUAUGGGCAGGUUGCUGACAAGAUUCGUCGAGAUGAGCGUGUUUGUGUGAUGGAAAGGACAAACUUAAGAUAUCUUGCUGGACUUCCUCAAAAAGUUGAUAUUGUGACUCUGGACCUUUCUUUCAUCUCUAUUCUCUUGGUUAUGCCCGCUGUGAUCAAUGUGAUGAAGGAAACGUCAACCAUAGUUACUUUGGUGAAACCUCAAUUUGAAUGUCGCAGAUCACAAGUAGGAGGUGGGGGAAUCGUGAGAGAUCCUCAAGUCCACCAGGAGGUUCUUGAGAAGAUCAUAAAGGGUGUAGAGAAUUUCGGAUUCUGCAGCAAAGGUUGGAUUGAAUCACCAUUGAAGGGCGCUGAGGGUAAUACAGAAUUUUUGGUUUGCUUCGACAGGACAACGGUUUCUACUUCGAAUCAAGAAUGAUUCUUCAUCUAGUUUAUUAUCCUUUCUGCAAACCAGCAGUUUCUAGUUUCAAAUCUACCUACUUCACUUCAUAAUCCAAAAGUUAAGUAGCCUCCCACACAUUUUACUUAAUAUGAUUGAUUAUUAUACCAACUGUGGCCAAUCCAACUUACAUCACUUCGGUGUGCUGAAUUGAAUUUUACUGAUGUCGUAUCCUCAAAGUUGACCCAACUCCAGGUGUUUUCUUGAAGACCCCUCAUUCUCUCCUCAUUUUUUAAUUUGAUUCUUAUGGAUAUUAUCAAUGUGUUCAACCUCAAAGGCUUAGAUCUCUUUCAAAUGAAAAAUACAAUGGACGUAAUUCUUGAGGA